CCGACGUCGUCCCCCGGACGCUGCGACUCUGAUGGGCGUUUUUCGUCCCCCCCCUCUUAAGCUUGGAUAUUUCUCGACAAUCGCAAAAUGAAGCGAAUGAAUGUGAGCAACAAGAAGUAUCCCGUUUGUUUGUGCCUAUGUCUCCAGCACCGGUAGUUGUCCAGUUCUCCCCUGUGGACGCGGAGCCUCUGUGAUUCCUCACAGUAGUUGGUCCGUUUUGGAUGAUUUCAUGUAGUGGUCAGUAGUGGACUACCCAACUUUCCCUCCGCUUUUUUUUUUUCUUUUUUCUUUUUUGUUGGUGUCUUUUUUCGAAGGUUUUCCGUCUGUGAAAACAAAGAUCCCCCCCAAGAUCGACCAACUCCGGGAAAACCAGCGGCUUGACAUCUUGCUCCCCCGGAGGAAUAACCUUUUCUUUGCGGUUAUUCGCCCCCUCGCAAAGCAUCUUCUCUGGGCCACGCUGGAAGUCGCCUCCCAUGUGGCCGUCGGGAGUGGGCAGCAGGCAGCCAUGCCCGCGGGAGUCGGCGCUGCGCAGGGCGGCCAUCAGCGGCAACAUCAACGCCCUGCCGCCGCACCACGUGCCCACCGGCCGCAGCGUGCGGGUCUUCAUCUCCGCCAACCCCGACGACACAGAAGCUGAGAGGAACGCCCUGAAAGAGCACGUCUACCCCAAGUUACGGGACUUCUGCAGGGAGAACUACGGCAUUGAAUUCCAGGUGGUGGACCUGUAUUGGGGCGUGGACCCGGAGGAGUGGGACAACCCCGAGCUGCAGAGACUCAGGAUGAAGCUUCUGGAGGAAUGUCUGAAGACUUCGGCUGGACCGUGUUUUGUGGGUCUGGUGGGCGAGAAAUACGGCAGCAUCCGAGUGCCCGGGGAGGUGGAGUCGGCCGAGUUCGAGAUGAUCCUGGACGCGGCCGUGGAGGCCGGGCUGGACACCCACAUCUUAGAGGAGUGGUACUGCAGGGACGAAAACUCCGUGCCACCCGCUUACUACCUCAAACCCAAAGCCCAAAUGCUCAAGAACUACCAGAACUCUAUGGAGUCCAGCAGCGCAGCGAAGACCAAGAAUGACAAGGCCUGGAGGAACGUGUCGGAGGAGAUCAAGAGGAUCUUCCGAACGGCGGUGCUGCAGCUUCAGGAGAAGGGGACCAUGAAGAGCGCUCAGGCCAAGAAAUUCCUCUGCUCUGCCUUGGAGGAUGAAUUAGACUUCGCCCUCGGCAAGCAAACGCCUGCCUUUCUCAGGAAAUGCGUCUGCUACAUUCGCAAGAUCUCCAACUUCGACCGCUUUGCCAAGCUCCCGGACAUGGCCCGCUACAUGGACAUCGUGGUCAGCGGCGACCGCGUCAUGCGCAACCAGGAGGCCUACGAGCGCCUCCUGAAGGUCCGCGACGAGUUCAUCCCCACGGUGGUGGCCGCCUCCAACCUGCGCGUCUACUCCUCCGUCACGCACUGCGACAUGAAGCUGGGAUACUCCCAGGAGGUGGAGAGCCACUACGUGGAGGGCCUGUGCAAGCAGUUCUACGAGGACAUGGUGGACAUCAUCCAGGCCACGGUUCAGCAGAACUUCGACACAGAGGCCGACCCCUUGUACGACGAGAUCGUGCAGCACCUGUCGCUUUGCAAGAACUUCGCCGCCCUCUACGAGUACAAAAGCGAGUCGCUGGAUUACGUGCAGGAGUAUCUCAUGCCGUCUAAGGGGAGCCGGAUGAGCCCCCUCGUGGUUUACGGAGGACCCUGCACCGGAAAGACGCUGCUGCUGUCCGAGGUGGCCAAACAGGUCCGGCUGCACACCAGAGUACGAGGAGGCGUGCGUCUGUUCGUCCCUUCCCAUCGAACACUCGCUCCACCAUCUGCGAGUCUGCCAAAAGGCAGCCCCGCCUACACAUGGCUGCAGAAAGAGACCAUCCCUGAAACAGAUCCAGUGGUCAUCGUUCGGUUCGUAGGCUCCAGCCAACUCUCCACAGACCUACGAACUCUCUUGCAGAGCAUCUGUGAGCAGAUCGCAAUAAACUACCGCUGCCUGAUUCACUUUAUGCCUACCAAAAUUCAGGAGAUGAGGGAGCUCCUGAUCAACCUCCUUGGGGAGUCCUCAUUCCACAGGCCCCUGGUCAUCGUGCUGGAUGCCCUGGAGCAGCUUUCAGACGCAGAUGAGGCUCGCAAGCUGUGGUGGCUCCCCAUUCACCUGCCUCGCACAGUCCGCAUCGUUGUGUCGACGCUGCCUAACAAACACUGCAUCUUGCAGAAGCUUCGGAGCCUUAUCCACGAUGAGGGGUAUUACGUGGAGCUAAUCCAGAGAGACCGAAAAGUCUGCAGCCAAACAUUAAAACAGCAGCUGCUCGGGGUGAAAAGAAAGGUGACGUCAGGCCAGCAGAUCUAUGUCAACGAGGCGCUUGCAAAGUGCACGUUGCCAAUGUUCGUCAACCUCAUCUACAGAGAAGUAGUUAAUUGGAGGUCUCAUAAAGACGUGGACGAUAAGUCCCUCUGCUCCACGGUACAUGAGAGCAUAGAACAACUAUUUUAUUCUGUGGAGAACAAACUGGGCCAGCGGUUUGUCUUCAGAGCAUUAGGGUAUGUCACAAUGGCCAAAGCUGGGCUGACAGAGGUUGAGCUGGAAGACAUCCUGUCUCUUGACAACAUAGUUCUGGGCGAUGUCAUUGUGCCGACUUACCUCAAAAAUCCACUGAGGAUCUCUUAUGACUUGGUUGCUAAGCUCAGGGAGGAACUGGAGGGCUAUCUGGUGGAGCGGCAGGUACGGAACAUCACUUUGAUGGUCUGGGCCAACAGGCACCUGCAUCUGAUUGCCCAGAAAUUGUACCUUAGCAAUGAGGAGGAUGUGCAUCAAAUGCACAGCCUCUUGGCUGAGUACUUCCUAGGGGCGUGGUCAGGCGGGAGAAAGAAGAUCUUCACUUAUGAUAACAACCAUUUCACUUCUCUGAACAUUUCCCACCACAAAAACCCUCACCAACAACAGUCCCAUGAAAAAACAUCAUCUGAUAAAUACUCCUACGACAGACAGACUCCCGAACAGCCCUGGGUGUUCCAGUGCAACCUUUUGGAGCCCGACAUUUUCUUUGUCAAUCACAGAAAGAUGACUGAGCUCGUGUACCACCUCACCAGGAGUGGCCGCACGGAUGACCUCAUGUUUGGGGUCAUCAUGAACUUCAGCUGGCUCUACACAAUGAUAAAGAUUGGUCAGUUUGACAAAGCUUUAACGGACAUUGACCUCGCUUAUAGCUGCACCCAAGAAAAAGAGCUCAAGUUCCUGGCAACCACUCUCCGUAGCAUCAAAGGCAAAGUGUUAAAAAACCCUGCAUCGCUGUCUGCAGAGCUGCAGCAAAGGCUUCUUCCAGUCGUCACUUCCCUACCAAAGCUCAGACACCUUCUCCUGGAGUGCGACAAAGAUGGACCGAAGUACUGCUCUAUUAUGCCUCUUCACUCCUCCAUGGACGUCACCUACAGUCCCGAGAGGCUUACCCUUUGCACCAGCUACAUACAGAUUGUGGACAUCCUGCCCACUCUCGCCCCAAACAUCGUCCUUGUGGCACUGGAAGAUGGGUCGGUCAGCACCUGGGAUGUAGAGAGCAGGCAGCUCCUGCGACAGAUCGACACAGCCAGAUCGGUCGUGCUGGGAAUCAGGCUAACCUCCGAUGAGAAGUAUCUGGUCGUGGCCACAACCAAAAAUACUCUGCUCAUCUAUGAUAAUCACAAGUCCUGCCUUUUGUCAGAGGUUGAAAUUAAGGGAUCGAAGCACAGUGGCGUCGCGGGUGGAGUUGCCUUCAUCAACGGCUUCACUCUGUCCACCCAUCACGCUUUGGCUUGGCUGGAGGCCAGUAAAGACGUAAACGUCAUUGACCUCCUAUACGGCUGGCCUCUUUACCAGUUCCAUUGCUGGUACGAGGUAACGUGUGUCCAGUGCUCCCCAGAUGGGAUGUAUGCCUUCUGUGGGCAGUACCUCAACACGACGUCCGUCUUUCAUCUGGGAAAUGGAGACAAGCUGGCCACUGUGACGUCUGAAUUUUCUGGGGGCUUUGUCAAGUCCAUCCUUGUACUAGAUACCCUUAAUCAAAUGGUGAUGAUUGACAAUGAAGGCAGUUUGUCUGUAUGGAGCACCAAAGAGAUAACUAACCCGAAACUUAUGGAGGAUUAUGAUUGUAGAGGGGAUGAUAGUGAAGUGGUGGGCAUUGAGUUAUCUGAAGACCAGCGCUCCAUACUUAUUUGCAAGGCCAGGAGUAUCGAGGUUCUGGACACUAAAGUAUGGAAAAUGGUAGAGAAGUUCAAAGCCAAACGUACUGAACGCUUUGUGGCUGCCGUCCUCUCAAAGAAUGGACAGAGCAUUGUGGCCUCCAUGGAGAACACAUCGUCCAUCUUUGUCUGGAGGAGGGACAGUGGACAAUGUAUGGCUAGCCUGAUCGAGAUCUCAGGAGCUAUCGUCAAACUCAUCAAAUCUGUUCAUCAUAAUCUGCUCCUUUCUGUUGCCAGCAGUGGUGUUCUGUCUGUUUGGGACAUUGAUAUCAUCACCGCCAUGUCUAACAUUGACAAAACAGGCAAGAAAAUACAGACCCUCCAGCUCUCUGGCCGAGAGGACUACGUUUUUACCAUGGACGGCUCAGAAGCAGUCCACAAAUGGAAUUUUAGCACUGGCUUCAUUGAGGUGGUCUUCAAACACGAGGGCAUAGUGGAGAACUGUGUCCUAACCUCCUCAGGGGAUCUCAUGGUGACCUCAGACGACAAGUCCAGUCAGUAUAUCUGGCAAACCAACACUGGAGAAAACAUUUUCCGCAUUAAUGGGCAGAGGAUAUCACAGCUGCUCAUCACCCACAACGACCAGUUCGUGGUGUCCCUGUGCGAGCAGAAUGCCUCCAGAGUGUGGAGGCUUGCUACUGGGCACAAAGUGUGUAACAUCUUAGUCACUCUCCAGAGCGCACUGGUCACCACAGCAAACACUUUCCUGGUGGGGACAUCCAAGAACAAGCUGCUCGCUGUCAGCCUGUGGUCGGGCAGCGUGUCGAAGAAGUUUGUCUGCGACGACGGCAUCAGCAUUGUGAACUUCAAGCUCAUUCCUGACUGUCCUGAUUGUGUGGUGUUCAUCACGUCCACGGAAACUGUCUUCAUCUGGAGCGUGGCCGACGAGUCCGUGUGCAGGCGGGUCCAGCUGCCGACCAACUUCCUCAAAAACCUUGAAGACUUUCAGAUCUCCCCCAAUGGAAAAUUGGGAAUAGUCUCCAAAGGUGACGAGAACAUAAACGUUCUGGAUCUUCACAGUGGGAAGCUGAGGCUUGUCCAUGCGGCAGGUAUAAUCUGGCGUCAGAAGCUCUCAAGAGAUGGCCGCUAUCUCGUGUACAUCUGUUUCAGAAACUGUGACGAGGACGACGAGGCCGGCGUGGUGUCCAACCUGAUCGUCAUGCGCCUCGCCGACGGAAAGAGCAUCGGCACGUGCUCUCUUUACAAGACGCCGACCUUCCUCGCUCUCUCCCAGCGAGCGCUAAACAUCAUCAUCGGUUUCGAGGACGGCAGCAUCGGCACCUACACGGUGGUGGACCGCGUGGACGCCGCCCUCAAGAUUAAGAUAGCCACCUCCAACAGCCGGCAGAUUGUCAACAACGCCUCGCAGAAAGUGCGCCCCAAGUGCGGCAACCAUUCCUUCAAGAGCGUCGCCGACUGCAUCUGGAGGGAGUCGACCGAGGUCUUCUCGAGGGACAGCCCCAUCAACGUGUCGGACUCGGGAGAGGGGGAGUCGACGACGCCUACAAAAAAGACUGAACUUCUGCAGUAACAGGGGCGAGUGGGGUCGGAGACGGGUGGAAAUAGCUGCGAAUCUCUGGGGUUGCAGUUGAUUCUUGUUUACAGCCACGUGAUUCAGCUGCAGAUGUCAGCCCUGUGGGGAGUCAACGGGCCGACCGUUUUCAACGCUGCACUCAAACGAUGUACCACUUACUUCCAACUCCCGAACAUUUUCUGUUAGUUUUACACACGAAGACUGUUAGAUGAAUAUUGUUUUACAAAAGAGGAAACAAUGUAAACUCUGUAAGGUAUUAGUUUGCCAUUAUGUGUCCUUCUGCAUUCGAAGAACAAAGUUGAUAUUCAGAUGUCUUUGUCGAACAUUUUCAAAGCCAUUCCAGUGAACUUUGCCGCUUUCAUCAACUUUAUUCACAUCGUACACGUUAAGCCAUAAUGUUGUUCUUGGAAGAGUAUAUUUACGUUUGUAUUAACUUCAGGCAGUACUGUAAAAAAAAAAAAAGAAAGAAACUUAAGGAAAGAACUAUGGACAUUUGUACAUAUCUGUUUUUGGCUGCUGCAAUUUGUGUAACUCCUUAACAAUGUUACGUUGUGCUUAAUGCAAUCAAAGUGAGUGCCUGGAAUUCAACACGUUCUCUGUGUGCAGACUACAAGAUUUAUGAAAAUGCAGGGACUUUGUAAACUCAGUAUAAUACUUGCAUUGACAUUAAAUCUUCUGGAAUCGAGUCAACAUCGGGAGAGAUCGAUGGCACCGGUCUGAGGGGAAAGAUAGCUGUGGGAAUUUCUUAAACGUAAAUUUGGUAUGAAUUUACCUGCAGUUCUACCCGUUUGUGUGUUCGCUUUAAGGGAAACACCACUAUUGAGCAUACAGUGUAGCAUAGCACCAUACACAUUUACGCCUUAAACAGUGUACUUACUUUAGGGUUAGUGGAGCCCGUCUCAGAAGUUUCCAGGAGGACCGAGUGAGUUCGGCUGACAAAAAAGGUAUUACAUGUUUAGAAGUAUAGUCAUUUUGUGGAGGCACUUUAGGAGUGGUUUGUGAGAAGUUUGUUAGAAUUUUUGAGCUCAAAUAUUGUAUUAAUUGUUGAAAGUGGCUUCAUUGUGUCUUAAAAGACAAGUAUUGGGUCUUUGUUCUUCAAAGGCUCUACUGAAAAGCUACAGUGUUGAGAUGUUGUCAUCUUCAAACCUUCCAGGAGGAAACAUUUGAUAAUCCGUGAGACUGAAUUAAUUUGAGUCAUUUUGACAAAUCAUGAGUAGAAAUUAUCGAGUAGAAAACAUUGUCACACAAGUGAAGAAAAAAAUAGGACUUUUGCAAACUUUUUAGCACAGCUUAAAAGCAGAUCUAGAUUUUUAAAGGAACUUUUUCUCCAUUUAUUUACACUUUAAAGGACAGGUAAUGUUUCACUGCUUUACAGAAGACCUAGUAGAUACUGGCUGUGUCCGAAAUGUCAUGCUGUCGUCGUUUGCCAAGUUUCUGAGCAUGUCUGGCACCUUGUUACCAAAGCAGCUGAAUAUAAAGUGCAUAUGGCUGAGAAAAACUGGACCCUGGCUGUCGUAAAGUUACCACAACGUGUAGUUAAGCAUGGUAAGCCAAGGAAAGUCCACUUUCGGCCCUAGUAUAACAUUGGGAUUUCCUGGGUAUAUUAGAUAGUAGUCAUUUUCUCCACAUCGGUGUUUUCAGAAGCACUGUGGUCACCUGCUUCCGACUCAGUUUGUUAAAUGUAGGCAGCACGGUUUCAUGAUCGGCUAAGGCUCCAGCUCAACUGGAUUUUUCACCGGACCACCAUCUGGUCCCGUACUGAAGUACAGCAGGUGCCGUGUAUAGCAGUGUUCUCUGGUGUCAGAUAAACAUGUGAACUAUCCAGUCUUUCCAUCAACGGGGAGACUAUUUCUUCUCUCAGAGGCAUGCACACACCGAGAGCUAAGUGUGGGGUUUCGGACACGCUGACGUCGCAACGAAACUAAGAUAUUUGAGGAGCUUUCCUACUGAACACGCCUGUGAUAGUCCGACGUUAGGUUUCUGUUGAACGGUUCGGAGCUGCCCGACUCAAACAAAACCCCGCACUCCCUCACCCUGGCGCAUAAUUGAAAGGGCUACUCCAUCUUAUCGUAGGUUUACUUGUUUCUAGAAGUUGAGACAACGGCCCUCGGAUCAUUUCUAACUGGGUAGCAGCUCCGAGCUUUAAAUUUCAUGCCAAUCAAAAGUUUCUAAAUUAAGGCGGUGGGAGGGGGGAGAGGAGAGCAACAUCCUAUCAUGUGAUUGCCAAAGUCCUAAUUAUAGUUUGUUUUAUUCCGUUGACCGUCUCAUUAGAUUUUGAGGCAUGUACUGUAAUUAUAUUGUUACCAAAUUGUUCAAGUGUUUGACUGUGAUUACGUUUAUGAUAGAGAAAAUGUGCUAUCUUUGCUAAAGACGUUUAAAAAGAGUUCUCUAAGAAAAUAUAUUGGAAUGCCAGUUUAAGAGUAUAUUUGAAUGUGUCCUUAUGGAAGCCAGUAAAUGGUAUUAUUGUAUGUUAAGUAACUUGAAUGACUUUUAAUAACUUACAUGUUUGCAACUCAUAGUUGACAUACUGGUAAUGAAUGUUUCUAUGGUAUUCUUUGUAUUGUCAGGACUGACUUACCUGUUUAGAGAUUUAUAUUUUCAUAAAUGUUGUACUUACAUUUUGUUACAGAGUUGUUUAACUGGGGAUCAAACGGAAAAGAAACUUAUGUCUGAAGCAAUAUGAACCUCGUGUGUAUGAAUUGUUUGUAUGAAGCAUUUUAAUGUAAUAAAACGGUUCACUUUUU